GGUCCAUUGAUAGCCCUAAUAAAAGUUUCGUCUCCCGGAGCGAGCCAGCAUUUGAAUUUAGGUUGUGGUGAGGAUGAUGGACAGUGCGGAUAGCAAGUGGAGCCCGGAAGUGGAAGAUCUUGUGGAUGCAGGCGACACUGAUGGCGCCAUCUCUCUCCUGGAAUCUCUCAUCUCGAAGUUCGAAACCCUAAAUCCCUCUUCUCCUUCAGACGAUCGGCGUCUGGCCUGUGCUCUCUCCGAUCUCUCCAAUCUCUACUCCACACGAGGCUUCUCCAUCAAAGCCGACGAACUCCAAAACCGCGCUCUUGUCGUCAGGCUCCGAUCUCAGCAGCAGCAGAGCCGCCCACUAGGGGAUCUGGAUGCUUCAAAGAAGAAGGAUUCAGUGGAAAAUACGCUUUUGCCUGUUGAAGCUUCACCUUCUUCCGAGAAUGAUGAUUGGGAAACUAUUGCAGACCGACCUUCAAAUGAGUUUUUAUCUCCACAAGAUGAAGCAGGGGUAUCAAACCCUUCUUUGGAACAUACAAAGUUUCAAACUCCUAAAAGGCGUGGAAGAGGAGCAUUCAUGUAUGAGAAAAAUGGCUUGUAUAGUGAUCAAGUAGCAUCAGUUGCUGCCACUGACAACUCCGACGAUGAAGUUCCUCGUCAAAAUCCAAAGGAAGCUGCUGAGAUAGGUACUUCAAGGUAUGGGACAAGUCAUGCUCUUGUUCUUUCUGGUUUUCCACCAAGUACUCGAACAACAGACUUGGAGAAAGUUUUCCAGAACUUUAGGGAUCGUGGAGUUGUUAUUCGCUGGGUCAAUGAUACACUUGCACUUGCAGUAUUUCGGACACCUUCCAUUGCACAAGAAGCUCGUGGCAGUAUUGAUUUUCCAUUUGUAGUGCGAGCAUUGGAUGAGGGUGAUAGCCUAUUGAGCUCCCUAUCUUCAAAAGACCUGGAACCUCCAAUUCCUCGGCCAAAGACGUCUUCGAGAACUGCUCAGAGGUUGAUUGCUCAAGGAAUGGGACGGAAGCUAUCAACAACGACAUUUGGCUCAAAUGAGUUGAAGAAACAAGAGGAAGCAAGAAGGAACCGCAUUCAUACACGGCAAAUCAUGAGGGAUGAAGCCUGGGGUCCUGAUGAUCCACCCGGGUCUUCUUCUGAUAUUUGACCCACUGCAUUGAAGCGGCCUUUAUCAUGCAUGAUUUUAUAGAUAUAGUUAAAAAAUGUAUACUUGUACGUAUUGACUCAUUUCUGUUUGGAUGUUCCAUUUGAUUGAGUGCUUUUUUUUUUUACACUGGUUUGGUUCAUUUCACCACAUACUUGCCAAUGCUACGGAUGUUGAUAUAUCCACAGGAAUGUUUGUUAGAUGGGCUGUACUAUUAUAACUAUGUAGCCCUAAGAUCUGACCACUAUCACCAUGUAGAUGGGCCACAGAUAUUUUAAAUUUUUUUUUU